ACUUCCCUCGUGCUCUCUCUCUCUUAUUGUUUAUUAUUUUUUUCUAAUUUUUAUUUUCGUAAAUAAGAGGGGUGGUGUUAUACGCUUUUACGCCGCCUCUCUCUACAAGUAAAAGCUAGGGCACGCUCUCCUCCUCGGUGUCUCCGCGGCGAUUCAUUAGGUGUUUCGAGAUGGCGACUGCCACCCUCCCUACAUGCUGCACUCUCAAAAGCAGCAUCAGAAGCCACCCCUCCGCCACGCUGGUCAAAACCCCUUCCUCUCUGCGCUCAGUGCACUACAUCUCAAAACCAUUAUCUGGCCUUAAAAUCACCAGCAGCUUUAAGGCAACAGCGAUGGCUGUGUACAAGGUGAAGCUGAUCGGGCCGCAGGGGGAGGAGCACGAAUUUGAAGCCCCUGACGACACCUACAUCCUCGACGCGGCCGAGAAUGCGGGAGUGGAGCUGCCCUACUCAUGCCGUGCAGGGGCCUGCUCCACCUGUGCCGGUAAAAUGGAGGUUGGUAAAGUCGACCAGUCGGAUGGUUCAUUCCUCGACGAGUCGCAAAUGGAAAAUGGGUACGUCCUCACAUGCAUAUCUUAUCCGAGGGCGGACUGCGUCAUCCACACCCACAAGGAAGGAGAGCUUUAUUGAUUUUCUGGCAAUUUUUUUGGGGUUGUUUUGUGUUUGAGUGUUAGAUUUUGUCGGGGAAAAGACGUCCUCUGGACUUGGAUAAAAUAUUUGUGGUUGUGAUCCUGUGGUUUUAAAUCUCCGAUAUCGAUAUACUAACUAAAUGAUGUGAUUAUUGGCUCUAUUAUCUCACCUUCUGGAGCUUGAUGUGGAAAUGAUGGGGAAUGCCAGAUUCGGAAGUAUUAUCUUUAGGAACUUGUCUAAGUGGCAGAAGAUCUGGUUACCUCAAUAGUUAAUUUCACCACAGAUCCCAACUUCUAUA